CCUGGGUACCUGGGUAAUCGAGGAACUCAAGAGAUUCCUCCUCGUAGCUAACAGUAGCUACCCGGCUAUUCUCCUGGACAACGCAGUUGUGGUUGUUUUAGUUUCCGUUUCAGUGACCGUGCCCCUUUUUUCUCCUUUAUAUUUCAGCGAUUUUCUAAAAAGCCGUCAGUGACAAACGUUAGUCGCGGCGCCAGCGGACACGUUUAAAUAACGUUACGCUGGGUGUUUUCUCCCCAGGAUGCUAGCGCAGAAGCAAGCCAGCUAGUUAGCCAACCUGCUAAAGUAGCCAAAUAGCAGCACUGCCCGGAUGCUUUGAACAGCAACGCAGCGGAUUUUGGGGAGUUUCUCGUCGGCCUUCCAUGAUGUCAAACAACCGGCCACAGCAGAGCGCCGGUGGGGCGAGUUCCGUGCCGAGCACAAGCAGCAGCAGCAGCAGCAGCAGCAGCACAGGGGGCGCGGGGAACACAAACGGUGGCGGUGGGAGCAACGCCGUAACAAGUAAUGGUAACAAUUCUGGAAAUGUUGUACCCUCCCGGACCCUGGCAGCAGCCGGCGAGGGCGGCUCGUCGGUGCCAACUUUGGCCGCCGUGCCGUCGUCCCGUGGCGGGUUUGCUUCUCUGAGCAGACCCUCUGCGUCCCCGGGCAGCAGAAAGAAAUCCCUCCAUCAAACACCCCUGUACAACGGUCUCCUGAACUCAUACGAAGAUAAAAGCAACGAUUUUGUUUGCCCCAUCUGCUUCGAAAUGAUAGAAGAGGCACACAUGACAAAGUGUGGGCACAGUUUUUGUUUCAAGUGUAUCCGCCAGAGUCUGGAGGACAGCAACAGAUGUCCCAAAUGUAACUAUAUUGUCGAUAACGUGGAUCAGCUUUACCCAAACUUUCUUGUGAACGAACUGAUCCUUAAACAGAAACAAAGGUCAGAGGAGAAGAGGCUAAAAUUAGAUCAUCCUAAUGGGUCUCGGUGGCAGGUGUUCCAGGACGUGUUGAGUCCUGACCAGGAGAACUUGGACCUGGCAAAUGUCAAUCUGAUGCUGGAGCUCCUGGUCCAGAAGAAAAAGCAGCUGGAGGCGGAAUCCCAAGCAGCUCAGAGACAGAUACUCAUGGAGUUUCUUAAAGAAGCCAGGAGAAACAAGAGAGAGCAACUAGAGCAACUACAAAAAGAGCUCAGCUUUCUCGAAGAGGACAUUAAGCGUGUUGAGGAAAUGAGCGGGCUGUACUCUCCAAUGAUGGAGGCAGAGUGUACAGUGCCUAAUGUUGAAGCUCCCUCACCAGCACCCAGCUGCAGUAGUAUUAUUGAGGCAGCAGACUACAGCCACCCUCCAGGAUUUGGUGGAACAACACAGGGGAAGAGACAGACCUGGUACAACAGUACCCUGGCGUCAAGGAGGAAGAGGCUGACGGCUCAUUUUGAGGAUCUGGAGCAGUGCUACUUCUCCAACAAAAUGUCACGCAUCACAGAUGAAGGGAGGAACCUGAACCAGCUGGAUGAUUUUAUGGAGUGCCUGUCUAAGUUCACCCGCUACAACUCUGUGCGGCCGCUCGCUACCCUCUCAUACGCCAGUGACCUCUAUAAUGGCUCCAGUAUUGUCUCCAGUAUUGAGUUUGACCGUGACUGUGACUACUUUGCCAUCGCUGGUGUUACCAAGAAGAUCAAGGUGUUUGAGUACGGCACAGUGAUCCAGGAUGCAGUGGACAUCCACUACCCUGUUAAUGAAAUGACCUGCAAUUCUAAAAUCAGCUGUAUCAGCUGGAGCAGUUAUCACAAGAAUCUUCUGGCCAGCAGUGACUAUGAGGGUACUGUCAUCCUGUGGGAUGGGUUCACUGGCCAGAGGUCUAAAGUCUACCAGGAACAUGAAAAACGGUGUUGGAGUGUUGACUUCAAUCUGAUGGACCCCAAGCUGUUAGCCUCUGGUUCUGAUGAUGCUAAAGUGAAGUUAUGGUCAACCAAUCUUGACAACUCAGUGGCCAGCAUCGAGGCCAAGGCCAAUGUCUGCUGUGUUAAAUUCAGUCCAACCUCCAGGUAUCACCUGGCCUUUGGCUGCGCAGACCACUGUGUCCACUACUAUGACCUACGCAACACUAAGCAGCCAAUCAUGGUAUUCAAAGGCCACAGGAAGGCAGUGUCCUACGCCAAGUUUGUCAACGGAGAAGAAAUAGUUUCUGCAUCAACAGACAGUCAGCUGAAGCUGUGGAACGUCAAUAAACCCCACUGCCUGCGCUCCUUCAAGGGUCACAUCAAUGAAAAGAACUUUGUGGGUCUGGCAUCCAAUGGAGACUAUGUUGCCUGUGGCAGUGAAAACAACUCCCUGUACCUAUACUACAAAGGACUUUCCAAGACACUGUUAACAUUCAAGUUUGACACAGUGAAGAGCGUCCUGGACAAGGACAAGAAGGAAGAAGACACCAAUGAGUUUGUCAGCGCAGUCUGCUGGAGAGCCCUGCCUGAUGGAGAGUCAAAUGUACUGAUUGCUGCAAACAGUCAAGGAACAAUCAAGGUACUUGAGCUCGUCUGAAGGACCACCAUAUCUCCAGUGGAUGAUGGAACCACCAUCAGCCUCUGUUUUGUUAAGUAGAGGAUCUGUCUGAUGCGGGGAGAGCCCAGGCUGCCCGCUGAACUGAGAUUCUCGACAGCACGUGGAGAGAUGAAAUGAACUGAAGCCGUCUUAUUUCAAUGAGCUACAAAUUACAGACAGCAGUAAAGACUUUGGACCAGUACAUCAGUAUAGCAGGAAAAGAUGUGCUGUCACUUUACAGCAGAAAACCGAGGACCUAGCUUGGGCACAAAUGGAACAAGAAACUUUAGAAAGCAUUUUUGUUUCUUUUUGGUAAAGUUAUAUCGGCUACAGUAAAACACAUCUUUAUGGUUUUAGGUCAAAUCAAAACUUGUACCUUUUUUUUUUUUUUUUUUUUUAAAUUAAGAUGUUGCUCUCAAGGGUACAUUUAGCCAAAAGCCACUAGUGUGAUGCGUUUUCCCUUUUAAAGGCCAAAGCACAAGACAGAAUGACGAAAAUGAUGUCUUCACAUGAAGCUUUUAAUCCCCCUCUCAUCGUUUGUCAGUCCUCUGUUUUCCCCUUUAUGUGUAGUUUUUUGUGUUUUUGAGAUUGAGAGAAAUCAGUUUUAAUAAAUAUGACUUGAAUUUCAUUCUGUCAAGCGUAUCGUCAGUUCCUUUUCUGGCUUAAGAGCGUACAAUGUGAGGUGGUGUACAGAAAUCAAGCGAGACCAGUGGAUUAUGGAAAAGUUGUUAAACUUCUUAUAUUUCUGUUACUAUCGGGGCAAAAUGAGAUUUGACAUGUUCGUCUGUGAUCACAGCGAUUCUCAUGUAACUUAAGGCAUCGAUCUGCAAUAGCACAUCAAACCGGAUUAUUUUUCCACGUUGUGUGAGCUGUUUUAUUGCUUGUUGAAAAAUGAGAACCUCACAGAAUCAGAUAGUUCUCUUAAUGUAGCAAUGGAAUUUUUCUUCACAUACUGUAGGUUAAAACACCUCAUCUGAACUGAGCUGCAUUGUAACUUCAGGCAAACUGCUGUCAGUUUCUGUGGAGUGGUGAUCGUUGACAUGGAGAGGAUUUGGUAAACACCACCAAGACCUACCUAUUUUAUGAUAGUGAGAGUGAGUGAGAGAGGUGUUUUGUAUUUGUAUAACUGAAUAAAUUAUUUCGAAACAA